AUGAGAAGCCCUGGAGCUGGUGCCUUCCGGUGCAUCGCACUGGCUCUGGUGAUCUUUGCACUGUUGAAUUCUUCGCUGGCUUCUCUGGGCGACCACUUACCUGAUUUCCGCGAAUGCGUCAAGGUCUGUGUGGAGGAAAAUUGUGACUCUGGCCGAGCAGCGCUUCCGUUGCACCUUCGGAUCUUGCUCUGGGACUGCCCGUCUGAGUGCGACUACACAUGUCAACAUGUCAUUACCGACCAACGCAAAGCACGCGAUCCACCCAUGAUUGAGCCUGUGGUGCAAUAUCAUGGGAAAUGGCCUUUCUAUCGGUUCAGGGGCAUCCAGGAGCCGUUUUCCGUUCUGUUCUCCUUGAUGAAUCUUCUCGCUCAUCGAGAAGGGAUGCAGAGAAUUCGUGAAUCAAUCCCCGCCCGUUAUGCCCUGCGACCUUAUUACUUGGCCUUUGGCUACUUUGGACUGGCGAGCUGGAUAUUCAGCAUGAUUUUCCACACGCGAGACUUCAACGUCACGGAGAAGUUGGACUAUUUCGCCGCUGGAGCAAGCGUCUUGUACGGACUUUACCUCUCUCCAAUUCGAAUAUUUCGCCUUGAUAAAAACGAUGCCACAAAACAGAGCGUUCUCCGGGCAUGGACGAUACUUUGUAUCUCCCUCUAUGUGGCCCAUGUGACCUACCUGACAGCUUGGAGCUGGGACUACACGUACAAUAUGGCAGCCAAUGUCGCGGUUGGCGUUGUUCAGAACUUGCUCUGGACUUGGUUCAGCAUAAGCAGAUACCGCAAGUUGAAGAAAACGUGGGCAGCAUGGCCCGGUCUUAUCGUGGCUUGGAUCGUCAUGGCGAUGAGUCUGGAGCUCUUUGACUUCCCUCCCAUUGGCGGCAUGAUCGAUGCGCAUAGUCUAUGGCAUCUCGGAACUGUCGUUCCAACAAUCUGGUGGUACAGCUUCUUGAUCAAAGAUGCCCAAGAAGACCUUGCCAGUGAAAGGCUCAAGGCCUAA